AUGGUCAAAAAUAUAAACCCUCGGAAAUUGUCAAGAAAACGAGUUAACAAAUUUAUAUAUCCAGGCAAAACAACUGAGGAAAUUGCUUCUGAAAUCCAAAAUAUAAGCGUACAAUCACCUACGAGUACAACUCAUGUUAUUAUUCACGCAGGAACAAACAAUCUCCCGAUGGACUCGAGCAGCAAAUGUGUAAAGAGUGUCAAAGGCUUAUGCGCUCGAGUUAAAGAACGAUUUCCUGAUGCUAAGCUAGGGCUCUCAAGUAUAAUUCAAAGAAAAGACAUUGACGUAUCAGGAAAAAUUGAUGAGGUAAAUACUCAACUAGAACACCUAUGUAAUGAACUAGGUUAUACUUUUAUUGAAAAUUCAAUCAUAGAUGAAUCUAGUUUAAAUGGCAGUAAACUGCACUUAAAUACAAAAGGGUCUGCUCUCUUAGCAACGCGUUUUAUUAAGUUCCUGAACCCAAAUAAGCAAGUACACAAUCAGGCAACUGCUGCUGGUACUCAUAGCCCAUCGGAAAAUUUUCUGAGGGAUUUGUUGAACUUGGUAGCUCUAACACAGACUCCAAUGCCACUACGAAGACGAACUCGUUAA